UGGGCUCCCGGGUCGCCUCCGGGCAUUCCUCGCAGCUCCAGCUCCCGUACCGCCGAACGCGACGUCAGAGUAGCGAGUCCGGUUCGGGCGUUAUGUCUGAGAAGCGGCCAGCAGCGGACACCCAAGCCCGGCGGCUUCCUGACUCCUUCAAGGAUAGCCCCAGUGCAGGCCUGGGACCUUGUGGAUGGAUUUUGGUGGUGGUAUCGUUCUUGUUCACAGUUUUAACUUUCCCGUUGUCAGUAUGGAUGUGCAUAAAGAUCAUAAAAGAAUAUGAAAGAGCCAUCAUCUUUAGACUGGGUCGCAUCUUACAAGGAGGCGCCAAAGGACCUGGUUUGUUUUUUAUUCUGCCAUGCACUGACAGCUUCAUCAAAGUGGACAUGAGAACUAUUUCAUUUGAUAUCCCUCCUCAGGAGAUCCUCACUAAGGAUUCGGUGACAGUUAGUGUGGAUGGCGUGGUCUACUACCGUGUUCAGAACGCCACCCUGGCUGUGGCGAACAUCACCAACGCUGACUCAGCAACCCGCCUUCUGGCGCAGACGACUCUGAGGAACGUCCUGGGCACCAAGAACCUUUCCCAGAUCCUCUCUGACAGAGAAGAAAUUGCACACAACAUGCAGACUACCCUGGAUGAUGCCACUGAUGACUGGGGAAUAAAGGUGGAACGUGUGGAAAUUAAAGAUGUGAAGCUCCCUGUGCAGCUCCAGAGAGCCAUGGCUGCAGAAGCAGAGGCAUCCCGGGAGGCCCGAGCCAAGGUCAUUGCAGCUGAGGGAGAAAUGAAUGCAUCCAGGGCUCUGAAAGAAGCCUCCAUGGUCAUCACUGAGUCUCCUGCCGCCCUUCAGCUCCGGUACCUUCAGACACUGACCACCAUUGCUGCUGAGAAAAACUCGACCAUCGUCUUCCCUCUGCCCAUAGAUAUGUUGCAGGGCAUCAUAGGGGCAAAACACUGAGCCAUAUAGGCCGAUGCAGAGAUGAGCUCUUCCCUCCUAAGGAUGAAGUGGGGACCAAACCAGCCUCUAACCCGUAAGGAGGAAGUAGGGUAGGGCAGGAACCUUGACUUUUCUCCCUCUCUUCCCUUUUCCAUGUAUUAAGUGUGCUGUUCUUAGAACGUGUAGUACUCCUAGCCACAGAUGAAGGUUGUUAGCUUAUAAAUACUACAUGAGAGAGAGAGAGUGGUGAUUACGUAAGAUAAUCUCUUACUCUGAAAUACUUAAAAGUUCAUAUUGUUAGAUCGUUAUGUGAUAGGUUAAAUCCAUCUUCUUUCGAAUUUCAUUGAGUCAUUCUGCACCCUCUAUCAGCAGCCAGGCCAAAAGCAAGAAGAUAGACUAGCAUCCCAACCUGAUACCCUGGCUGGACAAAUGUUUUGCAGAGAACAGUGACCUUGGGCUACAACCAGCUUCUCUGGGCCACACGUGCCUUACUUCCGUGAAAUCUUAGUUAAGGAAAUUUUCCUAACAUCUGUCUGCUUUCUAAACUCAAACCAUGUUGCACAAUAAUCCUUACUUGAGAGUAGAUGUUUUCUUGCCAGUACCUGUCAACACUGGAGAAGAAGGUCAAGAUCAAGGAAAAUGAUUACCCUAACUCUUGAAAGACUUUUAAAUCCACUGCUACAGAGGUCCUUUUUUAAGAUAAUGUGGGUUUUUUUUUUAACUUCUUUGAGCCCUUUUAUGAGUAAAUGAUUCCUCUGUGGUCUGUCUUUCAAACCAGCUAAAUACUUGUCACAAAAGUGCUUUUUCUCACCUUUGCCUAUUUUCAUAUCAGGUUCUAAGUAGUUUUGAUUUUUUAAAAUAAAAUUUUCUCUAAGUUCUGUAAACAGUUGUUUACCCAUUUGAAUAGCUUAAGAACUAAUACUUUCAAAAAUACGUCUGCAGAAAACCAUUAUAUUUUACUGUCUGCAUGCUGUCAACUCCUGUAUACUGUGAGCUAUCUUGGUUACCCUUCAUUAAGUAGUAGAAGGAAUUCAUAGUUUGUCAGGCACACAAUAUCCAAGGGGCUCGGGAAGACGCUGUCAAACUUAGCAUAUCUAUAUAGAUAUAGGUCUUUUUUAUUUGCCUGGUGAUUUUUUUUUCUGUCAUAUAUGUUGAUGCUGAAGGGAGAAGUGGUCAGCCCUUCUGAACCACCACUGCUGUACUAUUAAGAAGCAUCUUCCGUUUCACAAAUGCCUGUGAAGCCGAGUAACCUAUUAUUCUUCUAUUGGUCUGCAAAGCCGCCUGGUGACAUUUGUACCACUUCCUCUUUGAAGUUCCAAGUUCACCUGGAAAAGUCUAAGACUUGCAGCUUCCUUACCCAGAGCCACCCUUAGUAUCUGACCUUGGCUGAAUCAUUCUGUCAGUCCUAGCCUACAAGAGUCCCCUUCCCAGUGGCCCAUUUCCAAGGUUAUUUUACAAACCCUUGACCCACCAUGGAUCUGGGUUCCUGGCUGAGUUCAUUAGAUAUACGAUAUAUGGAGCAUUUUGGCUUGGAACUCAAGCUGCAUUUAUAUUUUGAAUUUUAAAAUGAUGAUUUUUCUCUCUUUUGUGAGGUGGCUCUCCCUUGACCAGUGAGGGCCAGGAGGCAACCACAUAUCCUGGCUGAAAAUCUCUCAGACUUAGAGGCUCAAUGCUUUCUGUUCCUCGAGUCUAUCUCCAGAUACCAAACAACCUUCACUCUUCUGCCUUGUGGAUUCAUAGUCCAGCGGGUUGCAAUUAAAUUGCCUGGGAGGGAGGAAGCAUAGAAGGAGCUCUAGGAUGACAGCUUUAGUGUGAGAGUUUUUUCCAGGUGGCUUCCCUUUCCAACGCUGUACAUAAUAAAGUAUGCGCUUUUACUAAUA